UCAUUUGGAUGCUUUAAUAUGAUCAGUUUAGAUUUAUAUAAAGUUUAUUAUGCGUAGGAAAAAUAUAUUUGUGCGUUGUAUAGGUAUAAUAGCUCGCAAGUUUAGAGCGAUUCAAGAAGUAUGGAUACUGCCUUGGUGGGGAAGUGGAGGGUGGGCAACAGCUCCUCUUUGGGCCCUCGACGCGUUCGUGCUAGUUAUAAAGAUAUGUUCUACAUGUGCUAUGGCUGUUUUCAGAGUUUUAAUACCGCCUGCUAUGAAGAGUCUGUAUGGAGAAACUGUAUUGAUAACUGGCGCAGGCGCAGGGAUAGGAAGAGAGUUAGCAAUUCAAUUUGCAGAGUUGGGGGCCACAGUUGUUUGCUGGGAUAUUGAUGCCAGACGCAACAACGCCGUCGUUAAUGAAAUAAGGAAGAAAGAUGGAGAUUGCUUCGGCUACACAAUAGAUGUAACGGUCAGAGAACAAGUGUUGUCACUAGCAGCUCGUAUGCGACAGGAACUAACGGAUAUUUCCAUCGUAGUCAGCAACGCAGGCGCCUUGACUUGCGCACCGUUGGCAAAUCUACGAACGGACUCAGUUGCUAGACUUGUUGAGGUGAAUCUACUGGCACACUUUUGGGUAAUUAAAGCGUUCUUGCCAAAUAUGAUAGAGCGCCGGCAGGGGCACAUAGUGGCGAUCAACUCUAGCGCUGGUCUGAUGCCGUGUUCCGAUAUGGUGCCUUACUGCGCAGCGAAAUUUGGACUCAGAGGUUUGAUGGACUCGAUGAGUGAAGAGCUCCGUUUAGACACUUGGACAAAGAACAUUAAUACAACAUCAGUUUACUUGGCAUCUGUCUCCACUGGUCUUUACCCGCCGCCUACCCACCGUUUUAUCUCGUGGUAUUCAGAGAUCACGGCGAGAGAGGCCGCGAGGAAAAUAAUAGAAGGUAUUCGCAAAAACAAGAGGUGUAUCUGCAUACCUUCAUUGAUGAUGUCUCUCAUAGACCUUAAUAACCUUAUGCCUUACAGAAUAAGGAUCAUUUUUACCGAUUUCUUCAAUUUUGGACACAGAGGCUGGUUUUGUUUCUGCUAAAAUACUAUUUUCGCAAGUUCUUAGAAAAUGUUUCUUUUUUUAUUGGAUCUCAAUAUUUUCGGAAUUCUAUUUUAGAGAUAUUUAGCGGUAAUGGAACUAUUCUGCCUUAUUAUCUUUACAU